AAGUUCAUAUUUAUGAUUUAAUCACAAAUGUUCACCUAAAUUAGUUUAUUAUGAUGGAUUAAUAAUAAUUCAACAGUUGAAAAAUAUUGGCGGCUUUAUAACACACAACCAUGAAAACAGGUCUAAAGUACAUAGCGUGCUGGUUAGGGGUCAUGCGCCUGUUUGAUGACAUCACGCUAGAUGAUUGGUUGGAAAUUAUGUUACCAUGGUCAAAACAUUUAGGCAGUAAGAAACACGAAUUUAAUAACAAAACUGCUAAACUCUUUCCAAAACAUACAUGAAAGAACAGAAUCAAAAAAGAGAUGCAAUAUAUUUUGGUCGAGCUGUUUUGCCGUAGUAUGAUGACAUCAGCAGCAGGCGCAGGACCCCAAGCAGAUCCGGAAACUUGAGUGCCAGAAAACUACAAUCGGCAUUGCAUUCUUUCAUGGAAUUUACUGAAGGACAAAUCUGAGGAGUCACGCCGAGGUUGCAUGCUUUCUGCUCCACGGGCAACAACAUUUAACGUAAUGUUUUUUUAAACUAGCGACAGUCAUGGUGAAAUUGUGUAAAACUAUUCUUAAAUGUAUGUGCUGCCCCCUAGCACCAGGAAACUACACACUGCCUUUUUAAAACAACAAUGUUCUUCAAUACAUUAAUAAUUUUUUGUAUCAAAGUUCUCCCAACUGUUAUUCAGUUUAAACUGUUGUUUGUCUUCAUCCUCAAGAGCCACAGAUUAGAUGUUUCCCUGCUCUAACACCUUAUUAAAUGGUUGAAUCACCUGUUCAGCAUGUGAAGAAGCCUGUUCAUAACCCAUUGAAAGGUGCAGCAAAGCAAAGAAACCUGUAAAACACCUACAGUAGUCCUGGAGGACCAGGAUUGGACACCAUUGGUUUAUUUUAUGGUUUUGUUGGAUGGAACAAAAAUUAAAAGUACAGAAAAAUGCAGUUUUUUUGCUCAUUUCUGCUCAAUAUCAUUGAAACGCAGAGUUCAUAGGUGUUUUCCCAAAUGCUAUAACUGCAUUUGCAUACUUCUGAAAGGACCUGAAAGCAAAGCUCUUCAUUUACCCAUCAAUCCAAGCUUUAGAUGGUGAUUGUCAUGAUAGUGAUAAUCAGAUUCCUCUGUAGGGUGGCUGGUCCCAUGCAGCCUUGGAGAUAGAGAUGUUCGACUCACUCGAGUUCCUUGGAUGACCUCAAGAGGAGCCAUCUGAGGUAGUUGGGGCAUUUGGUCAGAAUGUCUCCUGUAAGCCUCCUGGAUGAGGUGUUUCUGGCGUGCCACACCAAUAGGAGGCCCCAGGUGGACCCAGCACAUGCUGGAGGAAUUAUAUCUCUAUGUUGGCUGGGGAAUGCCUUGGGGUCCCACCAGUAGAGAUUAAUGGGGAAAAGAAAGUCCGGUCAUCACUGUGAGGGCUGAAGCAGUGGUAGAUGACGAUCAAAUGAACUGUGAAUUUUCCCUUUCUUUGUCCAUAUUACAGUAGAGAUGCAGAGAAUGCAUAGAAGGUUCAAACACCAGCUUUGUAAAACCAUUUACCCCACUGACUAUAUCACAGAUAAAAGAGCUCCGUGCACCAACGCCAUAGUGGAAAUCUCCCUAAAGUUCCUCCGAUCAGGUUAUCAGAAUCGCAUGUGCCUCUUCAUGUCCUUUCAUAUGUCACCUAUUGUGACCGUUACCCCUCUGGGUGUGAGUGCUACACACAGCCUUAUCAGUACCAGGCUGAGGGAAGGUGCAGGACUGUUUUAUGUUUUUCCACAUGGACAGAGUGUUUCUUUUCACCCUGGCAGUCAGACAUUACUCAGUUGUCAGUGGCGAGUUGCUCUCCUGCCGCCUCCCAGAGCAAACAGCAGGGAUGCAGAGUUCAAGGACCAGGGACCAGUUGUAGUCUCAGCAGAUACUCUAUGUCCUGUUUUUAGGAGGCUGCGGGAGGAAGCCGAGAAGAGGAAGAGGCCCUCUUGGCAUGAACUGAAAGGACGUAAGAAUGAUGGGGAGUCUUCUGGAGAUGAUAAGCAUUCAGCUGCUCUGUCUCGAAAUCCCUCCCGAGAUCCGUCUGAACCCGGUCUCAUUAAUCCUGCUUAUGAGGAAAUGGAGGAUGACAACACCCCCCAGAGGUCCAGUCUGGUAGCCGAGGCCAGCGUGGUGGAGCUGUUUAGAGAAGAACCUGAGGAGGAUCUGGGUCUUCGCAUCGUGGGGGGAAGAGAUACUCCUCUUGGAAAUAUUGUUAUCCAGGAGAUUAUCCGAGACUCAAUAACUUCCCGUGAUGGCAGAUUGGCUCCAGGGGACCACAUUUUAGAGGUGAAUGACGUCAGCUUGGCUUCAGUUCCCCACGCCCGGGCCAUCACCGUGCUGCAGCAGCCUGCCCUCCUCAGGCUCACCGUCAUGCAGGAGAAAGGGUUUAAAAUCAGAGAUCAGCGGUCCGAUCAACAGCCGUCUACCUCCACUGCCCCUCAGUCCUCUCACAGUCUUCAGGGCAGCGCUCCAUCCAUUCUGAACAUGGGCAAAGUCCUGCAUGUGAUGCUAACCAAGACUCACCGCACGGAACCGCUUGGCAUCAAACUCAUACGCAAGUCUGAGGAAAGCGGUGUUUUUAUUCUGGACCUUUUACCUGGUGGUUUGGCUGCCAAAGAUGGAAAAUUGAAGAACAAUGACAAAGUUUUGGCCAUCAAUGGACAUGACCUGAUGCACGGUACACCUGAGAGCGCUGCCCAGAUCAUACAGGUCAGUGAGAAGUGUGUGAACUUUGCAGUAAUGCGGCCUGCAGAGACUCAGGAGGAAGGAGGCGGCAGCAGGGAGGGACAACACAGCAGAGGAACUCGACGGGCUCCAGAGCCGCAGUACUACAGGCGUCAGUCCACCUACUUAAAGGAUCCUUCUGGUGGCUUUUUUUGUCAGGAGAAGACCGUGAGCUUGAAGAAGGAGCCUCGAACUUCUCUGGGCAUCACCAUCGCCGGAGGGAGGGAUUGUCGCAGCCGGCUGCCCGUCUACAUCACGAGUGUGCAGCCUGUUGGCUGUCUGCAUCGAGAUGGCACCAUCAAAAAGGGUGAUGUUCUGCUGAGCAUCAAUGGUGUGGACUUGACUCAGCUGACCUACAACGAGGCGGUUUCUGUUCUGAAGACUCAAACAGCGCAGUCCCAGGUGAUUUUACGGGUCAUACAGACCAUUUCUGAGAACUCGGAGGAGGACACGGAGGGAGGAAACGGGGACGAGCUUGACUUCAUGGAGGACCAACGAGAUGACGCCCACACCUGGACUCCGCUUUGGACUCAGUGGUUGGGUUUACCAAGUCACAUGCACUGGUGCCGGGACAUCGUCCUGCAGAAGACCAACAAUGAGAGUUGGGGCUUCAGCAUCGUUGGGGGCUACGAGGAGAGCCAUGGGCAGCAGCAGCCUUUCUUCAUCAAAACCAUCGUCCCUGGUACGCCCGCUCAUUUUGACGGACGCCUCAAGUGCGGUGAUGAGAUUGUAGCGGUGAACGGAGUUACGACUGUGGGGAUGAACAACUCCUCCCUCAUCCCCAUGCUCAAGCUACAGAAGAAUAAAGUCACGCUGACCGUGGUGUCCUGGCCGGGUAGUCUAGUGUAGCUAAACAUAUUUUAUUCAUACGUGGUGAAUGGGACACACAGACACAUAGCCCUGUUCAGCUGCACUCUGUACCAUGAAAGUGUACUUAAAUUCAAGCUAAUUCCAUUGAUUCUUUGGGGUUUUAAUCUGGUUUUAUCAAGGUGGACCAAUGACGACAUAAUGGUUCAUAAUCUAAAUACAAACUGGAAGGAUUUUGAUCUUCCUGAUUCUGUUCAAUACGUUACGUGUUUAAUGUUAGCGUCAGUAGGCAGUUAACAUUUUCUUAGUGCAAAGUGAAGAGCUCUGUGUAGAACGUUAAAACCCGGACUCGUUGACGUUGAUUGAAUGGCUGAUGAACAUAUCUACAGAUGCCAAACUGCUCAGUUGUUUGUGGGAUUUAAUCUGAAAUGACAGCACUUUAAAAACAUGCAACAAGGUGAGUGAAAUUACUGAACAGAAUCAGAACAGAAUCACAGAUCUGCUCUCAAACACGAAAGGUUUCACACAGGCCAUCUUAACUCAAUUCUCAGUCUCAACACUCUUAUUUAUUCCCAUCCCAAUGAUUAAAUGUCCCACUUUAAAAGACUUUAAGAAGCAGGUGCCUUGUAGGGAUUGGUGGACAAGGAGACGCGCCUUAAAGAUGUGCUUUGUGUGGAACAUGAAUGAGAGCCCAUUACCAGUGGCCUUGUUUGCAUCUUUAUACAUGCAGGACCUGUUCAACAAGUAGCUUUGGUUAUAUGUACAUAAUCUAAUCUGUUUCAUUUUGUUCAAUUAAAAUCAUACAAAAUUAUGUUCUAUCAAGUCUUAUUUGUGUUAAUUUACUUCAGUUUUUAUCUAGAGAUGUUUUUAAUAGGUGUCCAAUGAUCUGUACAGUUUAUUAGACAGUUCACUCUGACCUCUAGUGGUCAGAUGGACCCAAAAUCUCAAGAGUUUUGACUCUUAUUCAUUGUUAAAAUGUCUUUGUGUUUCAUGGUUCUGCAAGAAUGACAUGCAAAUAAAAUGAUACAAAGCUUGA